AUGAGAGUAUCUAACGAAGAUGCACCAAGAUAUCGUGGCAGGAAGAAUUAUCCAACAAUAAAUGUGUUAGCUGCUUGUUCAUUUGACAUGAAGUUUACCUAUGUCUUACCUGGAUGGGAGGGUACCGCUUCAGACUCAAGAGUUAUGGCUAGUGCACUAGAAAGAAAUGAAGAUAAACUAAAACUUCCUGAAGGGAAAUAUUAUCUUAUUGAUGCGGGAUACCCAUUGAAGGCUGGACUUAUCACGCCUUAUAGAGGAAAAAGUACUGAACCAACAUAUGAUGUUAAUACUCAAGUUGAUAUUAUUUUAGCAUGUUGCAUCAUACACAACUAUUUAAUGGGCAUGGAUCCUGAUGAAAGCCUUAUUAAUGAAGUAGACCGGGAGCUGUUGAAUGAAACUCGAAAUGAAGAGGCUGGUGCAGCUGAGAGAAGUGAAGAUCAUAGUUUGGGGGAAUACUUGAGAGAUUCAAUAACUUCCCAUAUGUGGCAUGGCUGUGCAAAACCAGCUGCUGAGAAAUGGAAGACUGCUACGAUUUCUAAUUAUGAUAAGUUGUUGGAUUUAUUUGGCAAGGAUAGGGCAAGGGGGUUUAAUGCCCUAACUGCUAAGUAG